AUGGGAACGCCUGAUAUGAGGGAUUGGCCAGAAGGUCAUCAGCUUGCCAAAGCCAUGAACUUCAAGUGGCCGCAAUUCACAGCCACGCCCAUAGCACAAGUUGUGCCGAUGGCUUCGCGGGAAGGUGUCACUCUCAUCUCGGAUCUGCUCAAGUGGAACCCCGGGAAAAGACCAACCGCGAGUCAGUCCCUGCGGUACCCGUAUUUCCAGGUUGGGCAGAAACUCGGGCCCUCUGGACUGAAUGAAAGCCAAACCCUGAGGGCAGGGCAACUCAGACAAAGUGCCCCUGUGCAAAUGGCCAAGAAUAAUAAUAACAAGGGACGUCCUGACUCCGGAGACAGUUUCGCUGAUGCUUUCAAUGAGAGCAUUCGAAUCAAGGCGGAUGAAAAACGAGACGGGAAUAACAUGACAGCCAAGCAGCGGUACUUGAAUAACGCUAGAUACGUUGCUGGACAAAACACCAAGAAUGGAGGCAGUAAUGCUGCUCUGGAAAGUUCCUGGAAAGGCAGCGAUCUAGAGGGCUUUCGCAUGAAGCAACAGCAACAACAAAUGAUCGCCGCCGGGGGCUCGUCCAGAACGGAUUGGGCGGCGAAAUAUUUGAAGUAGCAAAUUGGUCUUUCUUUUUUAGUGAUGGUGUGCUAAAUAACUUCUGAUGAUAUUUCUUCGUCAUCUGUUAUCUUUUCUUCUGUUGAUGCUGAAUCAGAAACCGUGGUAUAGAGUCGACGUUAUUUUUUGUGGUACGGAGGCGUGCAGGACAAAAGAUAAGGAGGGAAGGGGGGAGAAUGGAACAUAUCCGUUAAACAUGCGUUUUAUUUCCUUAUUUGAUCUGAGAGUCGAUCUUAAUUUUCUCCGUGCCCAUAGUUUUGAAAAUGUUGAUGGAAAUAUAUAUAGAACGUGUAUUUCUGAAGGAAACAAA